AUGGCUAUUGAUGGCAGUACUCCUAGCAAAAUGACCUGCAGCUCCUCCAUCUCUCCAUAUAUUGCCUCUCUCACCCUUCUCUUCAUACUUCUUCUUUUCGCACCAGUUACUUCAAGAGGUGAAGUUUUCAAGAAAAACAGCACAGGAUUGAGUACUCAAAGACGCGUCGCGAGUGAAAAUCUAAAGACGAAUGGAUUCAAAGUUCUUCAAGCAGAUCGAAAAACAAGAGGGAGUUCUAGGGUUCACUCAUCGCCGUUACCGGCACGGGGAGGAGGAGUGUUUAAUGCCAGUGCCCACGAAGUUCCAAGUGGUCCAAAUCCCAUUUCAAAUAGGUACGGGUGUGUGCGGUAUGAUUCGGGUGAUUUGAGAGUAAAAUUACGAAUCGCAUGGCAGAUUGAUAGAUUAGCAGAUUGA